AACAGCAGGCGAAUUGUCCGGGGCAUUUUCACCAUUUUAGUGAGCCGUAAGAACGUGACAGCUCGGAAAUGAAGCUAUUUUGCGUUGUUUUGGUUAUUUACGUUGUGGCUCUGACCCUCUUCGGAGUCGACGGACGCGGCGGGGGAUACACUGGGGCAGAGGAACCGAAGUUCAACGGGCUGUUCAGGCGGGCAAGACAUCAUGUCUCCGAAAUGAAAGGCGGUCUUCUCCACGGCAACGAACCGCCACCACCACCGAAAUUCCGAUCUCGUCGUGAUGCAUUGGAGGAGUCACUGCUGGCCAAUGGGGACCCAUCUCCGCCAAAACGUAUUAGGCAACGUCGUCAGGCUCCACCUGGAAUGCCCCCACCACCUGAUGGUCUGCCACCACCACCCCAGUUCCGUUAAAGAUUCCUGAAGGUAUAGCAUAAAGUUGGGCGUUUGUGCAUGUAAACGGGAACCACAUCGAGGCAAAUAAAACUAGUUUGAAGCAUUCCAAAAAGUA